GGCGUCGUGAGCGCGGCAAAACUAAAGCAAAACAGCAAAACUGGGCAAAACGGCGGCAAAUGUGACCAUGGCGUUCGUUCGUGCCGCCGCGCCGUCGCUUCAGCAGCUGUAGCGGCUGCAGCCCCUGUUCAAGUCGCUGCACCAAAAUCUCAGCCAACGGACGGAUAGUAGAGCAGGUUAGAGAAGAAGGCGAUGAAGCCUACCAAGAAGCCCGCGAAAGGGCAGCAGUUGCUCACGUGCUUCUUCAACCGGGGACAUGGGAUCCGCGAUUCUAACUGGGUGGUGCCAACCUCGUCGUCUGCAGCAGACGGGGCCUCGAUUGACACAGGUGACAAAGCAGUUCUCGCGCCACCGCCAGACAAGAAUCCCCACGUGUUUGGCCGCUCCGCAUCGUCCGUCAAAGAGUGCAGAGCGGCGGAGGUCAAACGUGGCGGCACAGCCGAGGUCAAAGAUGGCGGUGAGGUCGAGGGUGGGACCAUACCCUCUCUCGCUGACCCUGCUCAGAGGUUGACGGGCCCCGCAAGGGACGCCAGCGACCGAGGCCUCGGGGCGUACACGUCAGUCAAGAGGAAGCGAGACGCAGAUCCAGAGGACGAGAAGGAGAAUGUGCGCCGCCCGCCUCCGCAGAGGACGGUUCGGGAGGGACCCUGCUGCGGCGAAGGGACGGACCUGCCGGACGACUGGGAUGUGGACGAUUUCGACGUGGAUGACUUCGACGUGGACAGCGAGUGCUUGGAGCAACGAGUGGAGCCCAUCUUUAGGAGCGUGAAGGCCGUGGUCACUGGGCUGAGUACAGGGCCCCGCCUGGAGCUCGAGUCUGCGGACGGUCUGCGUGAGCGCCUCACCUGCCAGCUGGGUGGCACCUGGAGGACGCUGGAGGUGCGCGUCGGAGACCGGGUGUACGUGCACGCCCCGUUUGCGGGCAGGGUGUGCGUGGUGGACGACACCAAGGGUCUGGUGGUGGUUCACCCGGACACGCUGGUGAGCACGAGCAGCGUGGUGGCCUCCCUGUGGUGCCCCCGCAAGAGCCUGCUGGCGGCAAAGUUCAAGGAGGCCGGCAACCGGGACAUGCUGGCCGGCACAGUAGCCCACGAGCUCUUCCAGAAGGCAGUCACAGAAAAUGCUUCUGAAGCUACCAUGCUGGCCACCCUGGACAAGCUGCUGCAACGCAGCGACCUCUUGCACCAGAUGUACGCCCUGGAGCUGUCCGAAGUGGACGUGCGAGAGCAGCUGCGGCCCCUGGUGCCGCGCAUCGCUCAAUGGAUGCGGGAAUGCAUGGCAACUGGCGGCCCGUCCGACCGCCGGCCGGCCGGUGAUCAGCGCCCUGUGGCGGCGGUGGUGACGCGCGUGGCAGACAUUGAGGAGAACCACUGGUGCCCCCGGCUGGGGCUGAAGGGCAAGGUGGACGCCAGCGUGGAGGUGGCACUCCACAAGAAGCCCGCCCGGGUGCCCCUGGAGCUCAAGACCGGUCGCCACACAUUCUCCCACGACCACAAGGCGCAGGUGGUGCUGUACUCCCUGAUGAUGGCAGAGCGCCAGGACUGGGACCCCCAAGAAGGGCUGCUGCUGUAUCUGCGUGACGGCGUGGACAUGCGCUGGGUGGCGUCCCCGCAUCGGGACCGGGGCGCCCUGGUGCAGAGGCGCAACGAGCUGGCGCAGUGCCUCCAGCCAGGUGCCCGCCUGCCACCCCCCAUCGACAGCGAGCGCCACUGCCCCAAAUGCCCCCACGCCGUCGUGUGCUCUGCCUUCAGAGGGGAGCCGGUCCAAGGGGAGGAGCGACCAGCGUUUGUGGCACAGAGCGUAUCCCACCUGAGCCCCUCCCACCGGGCCUACCUGCUUUCCUGGUGCCGCAUGCUGGACGAGGAGGGAUACCAUGCGGGGGAGCGAGACCUCCAGGAGCACUUCUGGCUGGACGACGCCUGUUCAAGAGAGUCCCGGGGCCUCUGCCUGAGCGACCUGAGCCUGCUGCACUGCGAGGCGCCACCUGGCGACGACGCCCGACCGCCCGUCCGCCACGUGCUCAAGCGGAAGCGCGGCGCUCCUGGGGUGCCGGCGCGGCCCCUCCCACCGGUUGGCCUGGCUGCGGGAGACCGGGUGGUGUUGAGCGAGCAGGGCAGCCUCACGUGCGUCGCCCUGGCAACGGGCACCCUCGCGGCCCUGACGGAAAGCCAUGUCGAGCUGCUGUUGGACAGAGACACACGCCGGAGCCCCGGCUGGGAGGGCAAGACGUUUCGGGUGGACCGUUCCCCCUCGGUGGCGUCUGCUGCCAUCAGCUACACGUUCCUGGGCCGCCUCGUGGGCACGGACCCCAGGGCCGCCAGGCUCAGGGCCCUGCUGGUGGACAGGGCCGCCCCCUCGUUCCGCACCACCCUGCCACGGGAGGUCGCCACCCUCUGCCGGCCCGCCCUCAGGGGCCUCAACGACACGCAACGUCGGGUUGUGCUGCGCUUCCUCAUGUGCGACGACUACCUGCUGCUCAGGGGCAUGCCCGGCACUGGCAAGACGACGACCCUGGCUGCGUUGGUGCACGCGCUGGUGCUGCUGAAGAAGCGUGUCCUCGUGACGAGCUACACGCACAGCGGCGUCGACAGCAUCCUGCUGAAGUUGCGCUCGCGUGGGGUUCCCUUCCUCCGGCUGGGGCCCACAAACAGGAUGCACCCGCUGGUGAGGGACCAGAGCGCCGAGACGCUCACCGCCGCCCUGAGGACGACGCGGGAGCUGGAGGAGUUCUACGGCGCUCAGGCAGUGGUGGCCUGCACCUGCCUGGGCUCCUCGUCCCUGCGGCGCCAGCAGUUCGACGCGUGCGUGGUAGACGAGGCGUCCCAGGCUCCACAGCCGUCCUGCCUGGGACCGCUGUUCCUGGCGGAGCGCUUCCUGCUGGCGGGAGACCCCAAGCAGCUGCCUCCCGUGGUGCAGAGCCCCAAAGCCAGGGACAUGGGCAUGGACAUCAGCCUGUUUGCCAGACUGGAGACUGAGGAGAACACCGCAGUCCUGCCGAUCCAGUACCGGAUGAACCAAGCGAUCAUGGACGUGUGCAACAGCCUGGCGUACGAGGGGCGUCUGGAGUGUGGCUCCGCCGAGGUGUCCCAGGCCACGCUGUCCCUGCCCAGGGCCGACCUGUUGGCCAGCCUGCUUCCCAGGGACUGCUGGCUGCUGGAGGCCCUGUCCCCCGCGCUGGGACGCUCCGUCGUGUUUGUGUGCACCGACGGGCUGGGCUGGGCGCCGGAGAAAACCCCCUCGUGCAACCGACGGGAGGCCGGCCUUUCGGCGCUUGUCCUGGCAGCGCUGCUCAAGGGAGGCCUUCCCGAGGGCGAGGUGGGGGUGGUGGCCCCGUUCCGGCGCCAGGUGGCAGUGCUGCGGGCGUUGUGUCCCCCGGCAGUGGAGGUGGGCACGGUGGACCAGUUCCAGGGCAAGGAGAGGGCGGCCAUGCUGCUUUCCUGCACCGUGGCACGCGCCACCACCUCCGCACAGGACUCUGGCGGCAGCAUCCUGGACGACGAGCGUCGCCUGAGCGUGGCCCUGAGCCGUGCCCGGCACAAGCUGGUGCUGGUGGGCAGCUCGGCGGCCGUCGCGGGACACCCGCCCUUCGCUCGGCUCCUGGCCCUGCUCGGGCCGAACCGUCUGAUCCGCCUACGUUCGGGGGACGACAUGGGCCUGGAGGGCCUCCUGUGAAUCGCCUGGGCGGCUUUGCCGAGACCUCUGCUGCUACAUGGACGGCAGGGGCUUUUCGAGAUCCAUUUCGGCUCCAGAUCCAGAUCCACUUCAGAUACACCCAGAUCUCCUUCAGCUGAACAGUGUGCAGCCAUUCAUCUAGAUCCUCUUCAGCUGAACAGUGUAAAUCUAUCCAUCCAAAUCCACUUCAACAGCUGGACAGUGUCCGUCCAUCCAUCCAGAUCCUCCUUUGGCUCAAGAUACAGAUCCACAUCAGAUCCAUGCAUCUAGAUCUGCCUCAGUGGACGGUUUCCACUCAUCCAUCCAGAUCCCCUUCAGCUGGACAGUGUUGUGUCGAUGGCAGGUUGUGGACUAUGCAGUCUCCGCUAAAUGUGAUACCAAGGGACUCUGGGUGUCUCCAGACAUUAGAAUUACGGGGUACCCGCAAUCAAAGUAUUCUGUCGUAAAAAAAAGAAAAACCUGCAUGGCAUGUGCAAAUAAGUUUAAGGACGGAGUGCAACGGAACCUUUCACGAGAGUGGAGUACUCGUCAAGCUCAAAUUUAGUAAGUGUAGGUUGCUGGUAAAAAAUGCUAGAAAAGAAAAAUUUGUUAUUCCCACACACAUAGAGAGAAAUGCAAACAAACUGAGUGGCAUGGUGCUGCUACUCACAGGCUUAUUUGUAUGGGUUUGUUUUCUUUACUGUGGAAGAGCACUUGCAGACACCCUGUGGAUCUGUAUCAGAUACUCAGUGUGCGUGUGUGUGGUGCAUUUGUUGGAGUGAGCACCUCUUGAAUGGAGAACUGUCAGUGGACUGUUCUUCAGAAGUGGGGCAACAGCACAUAAUCAAUAGCUUCAUUCGAUUUGCCUGCGCCUCCUGCACCGGCAUAAAAAAGUGUAGGGCAGUGUACUUCCGGUCGUAUCUCAAUACACAACUGUAUUGAGUGAGUAGUGGAAGUACAGCUCCCCUACACUUUUCUGCACCGGUGCAGAUAAAUCAAACAAAGCUAGGAUGUAAUGGAACCCUGACAUUCCAAAGGGAGUAAGUGCUGAAAGAAAGAACUGCUGCUUGGCACAAGCUUCUGUGGCCACUUGCACAUAUUUCGAGUUAAUUUAAAGGCCGACGCACAACCUCGGUAUUCUGCAGGGAAGGUAAUCCUCUUUACGCCCCUCUCCUAAGCCAAAAGUGGAAACCGCGAAGUGAACGUCGGCCUUCAAGAGCGAUAUAAAUCAUGAGCUCAUUCACUUUUCAAAUAAAUUUUUUAUUUUAA